GUAAUAACUAAUCAAGCAAUUAUAAAAUGGAAAUUACCCGUGAAUCUGCUAUAGAUGAUGAGGAUUUUAGAAAGAUUGCCGAUAAUAAUUUCCAAAGAAUCCGCAACAAAUCAGCCAAAAUUGGGUAUGCCGAUGGUGUGUCAGAUGGAAAGAAAGAAACAUUUCAAAUAGCUUUUAACAAAGGAUACUCAGAUGGAUUGCGAACAGGUUUCGAAUUAGAGAAAUAUAAUGUAAUGCGCUUUCUCUAAAUUUAGAAAUUUAACGAUCUCUAAAUGACUUCGUAGUGCACACUGCGGCAGAUAUAAAUCGUUUUGGAUACCAACUUUAAAAUUCUUAUUGAAAUCAUUUUUAAAUCAAUGUAAACAAACUCUUCCCUUAACGACUAAUUUAUUAUGUUCACAAUGUUUAGAUUAGAUAUUUUAUGUUUUAUUAUUAAGAAGUACAUGGUUUUAUAAAUACAA